UUUGGCGACUUUGGCGUUAUAAUUUCGUUUCGAUCAACAUUAUUUAAAUUAAAAUAACAAGUGAAUUGUGAUGAACUUAGUUGUUUUACCAGUCUAACUGUUAUUUAAGAUUGUAACUAGUAGAAAUAUGGAUUUGUCAAGUAGUAUAAGUGAACAAGUACGCAAAUUAUGCGUGAUAUUAUCGUCUGAUCCAGAUGCGGCUCAUGAGUUAGCAGUGUCAUACCUCACACCUGGUAAGAAGAUUCGGUCGAUACGAGAUGAGAGGCAGCUGUGUUCUAAGAUACACACUCAUCUUUUCUCAGCAUCGGCCAAAGAUGCAGUAAAAUUCGAUGAAUGUUAUUCUAAAUUGAAGCAAUGUAUGAUGUUCAAACAGCGGGCUGCAGUACUAACUUUACUUCUGACAUUGUCAGAGUCGCAGCAAGACAAACAAUCCACCCAUCAACUUUUUCCGAUUCCAAAUUUGCCUUCAAUACAAUCUGGUAAUGGUAUACCAGCUUCCAGUACUAGCAGCAAAGUAACUGUUGCAUCAAGUUGGGACAACAAUCUAGCAAAAUUGGGAUCAAAUCAGAGUCUUCCAUCAAACCAAAGUAACAUGGUAUUAGCUCUGCCAACAACAGAUAGUGCAUCCAAUGAGCGUAGUUGCAUCCGAGAUGUGGUUCUAGCAGCCACUGGGAUCAAAUGCCGCGAUGCCUGUAAUAGGCCCCGACCUAUGCAGAUGUUGUAUGCGCGCAUAGCGCAUCUAGGCUUCCUCCAUGACAGACUCAAAGAGUUCAUUGACCCCAACUCUGGCUUAAUGCCUCAAGGUCUUAUGGGUGAAGGUUUAGUGUCAUCAAUAAGGGAUGAACUUACAGAGUACUAUCGCAGUGUUGCUCUCCUUCAGUCACAGUCAUGUGAAGGAGACGGCGAGGGAGCGACUUUGCGGAGAAUUGCAGUGUGGGCCCAAGAGCCCCUACAUCGACUGACGUGGCUUGCCAACAUUGCCCAUACUGCUUAUCACAAAAAAGGUGGUGAACUGGCCUCCUGCGUGCACCGCUUCGUGAGGCACGGAGACGAAAGAGUAGUGGUCCUGGCGCUGCGACUGCUGACUGCGCUUACUUAUCCGCUGCUGCUGAUGCUCACCAGAUGGCUCUUACAUGGCGAAAUUGACGAUCCCUUCAAUGAAUUCUUCAUCGAGAGCAGAAGCGGAGUAGAGAUAGAAAGAAUGUGGCAUGACAAAUACAGGGUCAGGGAAUGGAUGAUGCCAUCGUUCAUAUCCAAGGAGCAGGCGGCGCAGAUCCUCGCCACGGGCAAGAGCGUGGUGUUCAUGCGCGAGGCGUGCCCCAAGGGCUCCACGGACCCCAGCGACCAUGCCGAGUGCUUGGAGGCCUUGUUGAAACAUACCACUGAGUCUGAUUCCACGGUGCCCUGGUGGGAAGCGGAAGGCUUCCGGUCGUCGGUGGCGGACGCGCACUCGGCCGUGUCGCUGCGGCUGCUGGACGCGCUCACCACGCACCACCACAUCGUCGACCACCUGGUGGCGCACCGCCGCUACCUGCUGUUCUCGCAGGGCGACUUCGUGCACCAUCUCAUGACGCUGUUGAAGGACGAGUUGAACAAGCCUGCUACAUCUCUGUUCGUCCAUAAUCUCACUUGCACGCUGGAAGCCGCCGUGCGCGCCACUUCUGCGCAGUACGAACCCCCGCAUGUAUUAGAAAGUUUACAGGUCAACUUGUAUCACAAUGGCGACGGCCGCGACGAAUGCGGCUGGGACGUGUUCGCGCUGCAGUACCACGUGUCGGGUCCGCUCGGCACGCUGUUCCCGCCGUCGUGCGCGGCGCGGUACCGUGCGCUGUUCAGCCAGCUGUGGCGCGUCAAGCGCAUAGAGCAGAGCCUCUACGACGCGUGGCUCGAUCACGCCAUACUGCAGAAGAAAUUGAAGCAUAUGCCUGAGCUGUGGGGUCUGAUGCGGCGCGUGUCGUGCCUGCGCGCCGAGGCGCUGCGGCUGUGCGGCGCCUUGCAGGAGGCCAGCGGCGUGGCCGUGGAGCCGGCGUGGGAGGCGCUGCUGAGCGCCGCCGCCGACCGCCAGCCGCUCGACGCGCUGCUCGCGCUGCACCGCGCCGCGCUAGAGCGCCACGCCGUGCACGCCAUGAUACACCACACCACGCAGGAGCUGCAGUCGUACCUAGGAAACGUGCUAACAGAAACUCUAGCGUUACGGAGGUUCGAAGCGAAACUAAAUGCUGGAAUUAAUGCGGAACUGGACCGGAGGGACCGAAUAGAGCAAGUGAAAGCCGAAAGGGUGGUCAGAGGUGAAUUCGCUAUCACGGCUGCAGAAGAAGCCAAGGACAAAGAAGAAAGGAAGGUCUUCCACCAGUUUUUGACAAAUCGAAAAGCUGAUCUGAAUGUCUGGGCUCGCACAUAUAGGGUGCACGUGACAUCGUUGAUCCUCAAGCUGGCGCUCCACGGCGAGGUGUCGCUACAAACCCUCGCCUUCCGGCUCGACUACAGCGACUUCUACAAGCGCGGCGACGCCAAGCUGCACCACCCGCUCACCUACCAGCACAAGCGGCUUAGCGAGAUCGGGAUCAGCUUGGCUAAGAGUAAAGUGAUAGAUCGGUCCAAGAAGAAGUGACGUUUCGUAAUGACGAAACUGAAGACGGCGCCUCUGAGGUGCUUGCCGUGCCCGGAGCUCGGUUGUCUUCGGGUCAGCUGACCAGGACCUUACAACCAAAACCAAUAUAACGGACUGUAGUGUGCCUCACCGGUCAAGCGUGAGUUGGUCUUACGGAAAAAAUCGAGACUAUUCUGUAGUUAGUCGAUUAUGUGUCGUUCGAGUGACCCAGACUUGGCUGAUUACUUUCCAAAUUUUUAUUUUAUUUUGUUCCUUAAUAUUAAAGAGAAUUGAUUGUAAUAGAGAGGUAAAGUCUAAGAAAAAAAGUGCCCCAUAGUUUGACAUCCAAAACAGAUGGCGCUGCGCUGCGCCAUAUGUUUUGCGGUCACUGAAUUGUCAAACGUCAACUUUGUACAAUCAGAGUUACCGCAACAUGUAAGGAGCUAUACAGCGCCAUCUCGUUUACCUGUUAAAUUUGAAGCACAAAAUUGUCUUAGAUUUUAUGCAUCUUACUCAAUCAAUGUAUCUUUGUUAAUAUUAAUUCUCACUAAAAAUAAACGUACCUAAGUUUACUGGAUCUAAUCUGGAAAUCCAUUUUUAUCAAAUAGGUGGUGCAUGUCAAUGCGAUUGCCAUAGACAUGGUGAUUUGGUAAAUCGCCCGGCUCACGACAUAGCAGCGGGUUGUGAUAGCCUAACUAUAAAAACUUAAGUUAAUGACGCACCGACUGCAAUUGAGUCUUAGCCUCCGACAGGGAGGCCAUAACACUCUUUAACUUAUUAGUAUUUGUCAUUAAUUGUUUUAAUUCCGAUACCAGUACUUGUAGUAUAACUUGCCAAGACUUUAUUUAGGUUAUUGUAAACUGGUCUUAACUUAUGUCACAAAAAGAUAUUAGUAAGAAAAACCACAAUAAUGUAUUGUAUAAUAAUUGUAACAUGUUUCAUGACUAUGUAAUAUAGGCAACCUUUUUUUAAUGUUGAAUCAUUCCUUUAGUCUUCCUAUAAUGGAUGUGUAAAGGGUAGUUGGUCAUAUGUUGAUAUUGUGUCCUUACGGUUCAAAUUUAUGUCCGCUAGUCAUGUCAAUGCUAGCGUGAAUGUGAGAACUUAUUUGAUAUUGAAUUGUAUUGAGAAGGAAGAGAGCUCUAUGUGUAACGAUCCGACCACAAAUAUGUUGUUCCAAUAUGUUGCAUGUUUGUUUUUUUUUUUUACUUUUAGGAGCCGUAUUGUGGCUCUUAACAAAUUUGUGGUCUGAUUGCUACGGCCACAAAAAGUUAUCGAACCCAAAAUUAUUUUCUAACUCCUUGUGUAUUCAGAAUAUUAUUAUGUUACGUUAACCCACCCACCUUAAACUUGCCAUAGACUAAAAUAAUCUCAAACAGCUAUGCAUGAAUAUGAAUCUCUAUAAGUGCCAUUAUUAUUGCAUUUAAUUUAAUUGAAAUAUCACGCCCUUAAUAUACAUGACAAAUCGUUGAACACUA